CGCACGCCGGGCUUUGAUAAAAACACCGCUUUGCCCACCCUUCCCUGUCUUGCUUCCCUUGCAGUUGGCAUCGCGUGGUUGAAUUGCUCGUCUCUGUGCUGCUUCCAUUGUACAGCUGACGCGCGCCCUUGUCUUCUUUGACUGCUUUUCUCUCUCAACGGGCUCUGGUGACAGACAACAGUUUGCUUACCCCAAAACACCACCACGCCUUUCCGGUAUUCCCGACCCUUCCGCGCAACCGUUGCCCACCAUGGCCACUCCCGGUAUUCAUGUUGCCCAGGAUGUCGCCCGUGCGGAGAAGCCUGACGACAUCGAGUCUCCCCCAUCAGACGACGUUGCAGUGUGCCCUUCCAGCACCACAGAUCGUCGGCUCAUGGCCAAGAUUGAUGCGCAUGUUCUUCCGUUCCUUUGCGUCAUGUACCUGCUAGCCUUCCUGGAUCGUGUCAACAUUGCCAAUGCCAACAUUUUCAGCUUGUCCGAAGAUCUCAAGCUUAACAUUGGGCAUGACGGCAAAAUCGACAACACGGCGACAAAGUACAAUACCGCCCUUGUCAUCUUCUUUGUCCCAUACUGCCUCUUCGAGAUCCCCUCCAACAUUCUCCUCAAAAAGUUCAAGCCCCACGUCUGGCUCUCCAUCAACAUGUUCCUCUUUGGCUUUACCACGAUGAUGCAAGGCCUCGUCCAAAACUACAGUGGCCUGUUGGCCACCCGUUUCUUCCUGGGCGUGUUUGAAACCGGCAUGUUCCCUGGUGCCUUCUACCUCAUCGGCAUGUGGUACAAGCGAUCGGAAGCACAGCGCCGCUACUCCUUCUUCUUCAGCAGCACGACGCUCGCUGGUGCAUUUGGUGGUCUUCUUGCCGCCGCCAUUGGCAAGAUGAACGGCCUGCGCGGUUACAACGGCUGGCGCUGGAUCUUCCUCAUUGAGGGCGGCCUGACUGUCUUUGUCAGCUUCUUCUUCUACUUCUGGCUCCCCGACUUCCCCGAAGACGUCAAGUGGCUCAACGAGGAGGAGAGAACAUAUGUGCAAGCCCGUCUGCAGGUUGACCAGGGUCGUGCUGCCGCCGCGCGCAAAAUCACACUCAAGGAUGUCGGGCGCACUCUUUCCGACCCCAAGGUCAUCAUUGGUGGUUUCAUGUACUUUGGCUUGAUCGUCCCAGCGUAUGGUUACGCCUAUUUCGCACCGGCCAUUAUCAACGCCUUCAAAUACGGUGCCAUUGAGACCCAACUUCGAAGCGUGCCCCCAUGGGCUGCCGCCUUUGGCUUCUCCAUGCUGAUUGCUACAAUCUCGGACAAGGUGCGCCACCGCAUGGCGUUUGCCAUUGCCUGCAUCUUCAUAACCAUUGCGGGUUUCGCUGUUCUGCUCAACAUCCACGACCACCGCGAAGUUCAAUACGGCGCUCUAUUCCUCAUUACGUCGGGUGCAUACACAGCCAUGCCCAUCAUUGUGUGCUGGUUCAACAUGAACCUGGGUGGCCAUCACCGACGCUCCAUUGGUAGCGCCUGGCAAGUUGGCUUUGGUAACCUGGGAGGUAUCAUUGCAGUCUACGCAUUCUUGAAGAAGGAUGCGCCUCUGUUCCUCCCUGGUCACCGAAUUUGCCUCUCAUUCUGUUGCAUUUCGCUUGCGGCCUGCGUCAUCUACGGCACCCUCUGCUUCUUUGCCAACAAGAAGCGAUCCAGUGUCGAAUCGAAAACUGCUGCCGAGAGCUUGUCUGAGGCAGAGAAGGAGGAAAUGGGUGAUUUGUCUCCCGAAUACCGAUACCUGCUGUAGAAGACCGAUGGACAUUGGCUGUCGUGUUUUUUUUUUCCUGGAAAUAUUGUCGUACAUGUUUCGUAUUUACUCUCUAGUUAGGCUGUCUGUCUCAUUCUAUAUACCCGACCGCAUAAUAACAACGUUGCACGCCAGCAGGCACGCGAACCACACUU